AUGAGCCUGCUCCGCCGCCCCAGCGGCCGCGCCGUCGCCGUUGGCCUCGCUGGCUCCGUCGUCCCGCUCGCCAUCACGCUGCCGGUGUUCCACAUGCUACAGCCAACCCUCCCCGCCGACCUUCGCGGCUCGUCGCUCAUCACCGAGAUCGCCGUCCGCCUCUCGCUCUCCUCCUUUCCCGUCAUCGCCGACGCGCUCGCCGAGCUCGACCUCCUCAACUCCGAGCUCGGUCGCAUCGCGCUCACCGCGUCCCUCAUCACCGACGUCACCUCCUGGUUCCUCCGAGCCUGCUUCGCCGCGGCGUUCCUCGUCACGGAGGCCAAGUCGCCGGCAUUCACCACCAAGAUCCUGGCCUCCUUCGUCGGCUUCGUCUUCUUCGUCGCCUUCGUGGCACGCCCCGCCGGACGCUACAUCGCCUACAAGCGCACCCCGGCGGGUGACCUCCUAUCGGAGGGUUCCUUCGUCGUCGUGGUGAUCGCGGCGCUCCUGUCGGCGCUGGUGACGGAUGUGAUUGGGUUCAAGUACAUGAUCGGGCCGAUGAUGCUGGGGCUCGCGAUCCCCGGUGGCAUGCCGAUUGGCGCCACCAUGACGGAGCGGCUCGACUCCUUCUUCAUCGCGCUCUUCCUCCCCGUGUAUAUGGCGCUCGCCGGCUACCGCACAGACUUCUCAGAGCUGGGCGGGCACGAGGAGAAAUGGUGCGCGCUGGAGCUGUUCGUGGCCCUAUGCGUCGCCGGCAAGAUGGUGGGCUGCAUAGCCGCGGGGCUCUUCUUCGCCAUGCCGAUCGGAGAGGCCACGGCUCUGGCGCUCAUGCUCAACAUCCGGGGCAUCGUGGAGGUGGCCGCCAUCAACAACUGGGGAGACACCAUGAAGGCCACUGCCGAGCACUACUCGACGCUGACGUUGUCCAUGGUGCUCAUCACGGCGGCGGCCACGCCGCUCAUCAAGCUCCUCUACGACCCGACAGGGAGGUUCGCAAGGGCCAAGCGGCGGACCAUGGAGGGCGCUCGGCCCAACGCGGAGCUCCGUGUGAUGGCCUGCCUCUACACGGAGGACCACGCCGCGCCGCUCAUCGACCUCCUCGAGGCCUCCGGCGCGAACCACGACUUCCCCGUCUCCCUCAUCGUGCUCCACCUCACGGAGCUCGUCGGCCGCGCCGCCUCCGUGCUCAAGCCCCACAAGAAGUCGUCCACCGCGUCAUCGCCGUCGGACCGCAUCGUGAACGCGUUCCGCCACUUCGAGCAGCAGGCGGCGCCGGGGGCGGUGACGGUGAGCCCCUACGUCGCCCAGUCUCCCUACAGCUCCAUGCACCAUGACGUGUGCUCGCUAGCGCACAGCCGGAAGGCCAACCUCAUCCUCCUCCCGUUCCACAAGUCCUCCGACGGGGCGCGCAGCACGGCCAACUCCGCCGUCCGCUCCGCCAACCGCGCCGUGCUCCAGUACGCGCCCUGCUCCGUCGCCAUCCUCGUGGACCACGGCCUUGCGUCCGGGUCUGCGUGCGCGACGGCGUCCAACAGGAACCUGCUCCAGAGGGUGGCCCUCUACUUCCUGGGGGGACCCGACGACCGGGAGGCGCUGGCGUACGCGGCGAGGAUGCCGGAGAGCGGGGGGACGUCGGUGACGGUGGUGCGGAUCAAGCUGCGGAACUGGGUUGGGAUGGGCGGGCACGACGAGGUGAGGGACGAGGAGGUGCUCCAGGAGUUCUGGCAAAGGUACAGGGAGGACGAGAGGGUGGUGUACGUGGAGAAGACGGUGGAGGACGGGGAGGGGACGGCGUCGGUGGUGAGGUCCAUGAGCGACAAGUUCGACCUGGUCAUCGUCGGACGGAGAGGGGAGGACAGGGACGUCGAGGGGUCGGCGCUCACAAGCGGCCUCUCGGAGUGGAGCGAGUGCCCGGAGCUCGGCGUGCUCGGUGACAUGCUCGCCACCGCGGAGUUCGCGUCCAAAGUGUCCAUCCUCGUCAUCCAGCAGCAGGCCGGGAUUACCACCGGCGGCGAAGCCGACUAUCAAUGAUAGGGACUGAUUCGACUUUGGUUCGUCGUUACAUUGUUUCUUUCUCGUUGAGUAUAUGUAUGUAUGUUGUAGUGAAAGCAAGGUAAUUUUGUUCACUUGUAGCACCAUAUAGAGCAACUUAUUGUUACUUUCCCUGUGCAAUUUGUUGUAACAAAAUUGGAAGAGGAAGAUGAUAGAAUGA